UACAGGUUUGUGUGUAGAGUGUUGUAUGAAUCAGACAAGAAAGCAAUCUGCUACUUUUUAUUACAACUGUGGUUCUUUGGUGUGUCUGCGUCGAUUAGAUUUUCUUCGCAAGUGAAAAGUUAAUUUUGUUAAAAUUCUGGGGGAGGUGCGAACGAUAAACCAAAGAAACAGUUUUGUCUGUAUAUUUUCUUCGAUUUUAAUACAUACUUGAAGCGAUCGAUACUCAUUUCAAAACUACGCAAGCAGUUUGAGUAAAAAACCAAAAAAAAAAAAAAACAUUUUUUGACAUCACAACGAAUCAUAUCAUUAUUUGCUAAUUAUUCAUCACUCCCGUUUAGUAUUUUAUUUGCAACAAACAAAAUCCAACCAUAACACAAAAAUAAUAAGAAAUCAAAUCAAGACAUCAUGGCACACAUUGGACGAUCUGUUAAGAAUGUUGAGGCACCUCGACCUCUGAAAUCACAGUCACGUUCUUCGCUUAAAAACAACUUUAUGCUUAUUGAAGAACUCAUACAAUUGAUCGAGAAUGUGGCGAUCUCAUUGCAAUCCGGUAUCAAUAAUACGGAACCUAUGGCCACAUUGGUGCAAAAUUUACGCAUACAUGGACCACAAUUGGAGUCGGUAUCGAAGGAUACUCUAGAUCGAGCCUUUGUUGUAUUUCGUAAUGCGUCGCAGGACGAACGCUUGAAUAUAAUGACUCGUCUCAAUUUGCUCGAAUUGAUUGAAUUGCGUGCCAAAGGUUGGGAAGAUAGUGGCAUUAAUUCGUAUUAUAAAACUAAACAGGCUACAAACGCUGAAUUAAAUGAUGUCCAAAAUCAUGUUGAUCCCACACAAACAGCAUUUUUAAGCACCUCCCCUACAUUUGGUGGUAUGAACAUGGGGGGAAAUGCAGCAGCAGCAGCUGCUGCGGCAGCUAUUGCUUCCGUUGGCUCGGCUAACCAGCAACAUUUGCUCUUGAGUCCCGGUGAAGUCAUACGCAAUUCGGGUAAAUUUCCAAAACCAACAAAAAUUCCCGGCAAAACAUAUUGUAAGGAUGAGGUGGUUAUACGUAAUGCUGAUUCAGGCAAAGUAAUGGGCAUCAAAGGCCGUCGAGUCCAUAUGAUAGAGGAACUCAGUGAAACUAUUAUAUCCUUCCAAAGAGUAAAUCCCGGUGCCAAAGAACGUCUGGUACAGAUUACCGGUCCAGCAGAAGAAAAAAUCAAUUAUGCUAAACAGCUGAUUGAGGAUACCAUACGUCGUAAUGCCUCACCGGUACGUUUGGAUCCAGCAAUGGUUAGCAGUCAUGCUGGCGGUGGCGGCUCUUGUUCUUCAUUAGCUUCCUCCAAUUCCGAUGAACCCGUACAGCCACGUACACCCGGUGCUAGUAAUCUAUCCAAUCGUUUGAGUUUCAAUUCAGCUCAAAAUUUUAUGACUGCCGCUGCAGCCUCUCAACAGAUGGUACAACAGCAUCAACACCAACACCACAACCAACAGCAACAUCAACAGCAUAUGGCGAAUAUUCAGGCAAUGAAUACAAGUACACCUGUAGCUAAUGCCGCCGUAGCGGCUGCUGCUGCAGGUAAACCAAUACGUCCUCAUUCGCAAAUGUUAUUGCAUUCAUAUUCUACAAAUGAUGCUUCUUUAGGUGAAUACAAAUUCACUUGCAAUGUUGGCCACCAUGUAAUUAAGAUCACCGGCGACUGUUGUGAAUUAGUGAGGAUAGCAAAAUUGGUAUUGGAUGAUCAUUUUAGCAGUGCUGACUUUUUAGCUUCUAUAGAGGCUGGAGCCGCUUUUGAUGCUAGUCCCAUUUCUACUCCCACAACUCCAAUGACCGGAGCUCCCCAAUUUGCUAUGGGCACCCCUUUACAUGCUGCCUCACCUUUGGCUACCGAUAGUGGUAUUGGUCUUAAUUAUAUAUCUUCUGUUAACAGCAACAAUAACCAAGAUAAUGAUGAUGACGUUUUCUUUCCCGAUUCCAAUAAUUUAUCUAAAUCAGCAUCUCAGAGCAAUGGCUUAGCACGAUCACGUAGAAGUCAUUUCUCCCGUAAAGAUUCCACACCCGAGGCAGCAGCAGCAGCUAAUGCAGCAAGUGCAGCCAUAAUGCGACAAAAAAGUGAACCUGGCAAUAAUGUAAACAAUACCAAUACAGAUACAACACGCAUUGUUCAUCAAUAUGAGCAUUUGUUGUAUUAUGCUAAAAGUCCUCAUUCCUGGGCGCUACCAACCGAAUGGCAAAAGAUCUGUGACAAAUUUCCAGCCAUCAUACGUAAUAAGGAUCUACAAGAUGAAAGCAAUCGAUUUGAUGGUGAAAAAUAUUUGGAACUCGCUAAAUCCUCCAGUAAACGUAAUAUAGCAGCCGCUGAUGAAAACACUACUGAGGCAGAUAAUCAAGAAAACGAAUAAAAAUAAUUUUUUUUUUAAUUUUUUCUUAACGAAAAUUUAAACAUUUCAGAAAAAACCAAACGCUUUUCUGUAUUUAAAAAAAAAACUUUUUUUUGAAUAAGAAAGGCUAAUAAUUAAGAAAAAAAUAAAACUUUUUUUUAUUAUUUUUGAUUGUUGCAAACUUUUAGAUUUAGAAAAGCAAAAAAGAAAAAAAAAACUUUAAAUUUAAAAGUUUAAAAACGAAACCAAUUGCAAUAUAAAAUGAUUUUAGGUUAAGUAAAAAAAAAACCAUUUGAAACAAAUAUAUAUACGUAUUAUAUUGAAAAAAUAUUAAUUUUUUUAGUAUAUAUAUUUAGAAAACAAAAAAAAAAUAAGAAUCUACGACUCAAUAACCUUAACGAUAAUUGUUUUGUAAUAAAAUUACUAAACAUGUUUAUAUACUAUUUAAAUGUUAAAACAACACAGGUCUAUAAAUUUAUAUAAAUUUGAUAUUAAUAUUUUCUGUUCUAAAACAAAAGACCACUUUACAUAAUUUUUUAUUAUAGUUUUUUAUUAUUUAUUUAUAUUGUUUAUAAUUUUGUUUUUUUUUUAAUUCAUGAAACAACUAGUAUAUCAUUUUUUUAUUAAUAUUUAUUUUGCAUUUUUUUGUAAUUAAAAUUAAAAAAAAAAUACAACUUCAAUAAACAAACACAGCUUUAAUUUUGUGUAAAAUUGUUAGCUUUUAAUUUUUAUUUCUAUGAAACUCUAUUGAAAUUAUUUAAAGAAAAAUCAUUUAGAGCUGUGUUUAUUUAUGUUCAUUUUAAAAAGUAUACCUUAAUCUAAUGUAACUAACUUUGACAAAAAUCUAUAUUUUAAAAAAAAGUAUUGUUUUUACAAAUUAAUUUUGAAUAAUAAUUUAUUAACAAAAACUCACCUUUUUAUGUUUUUUUUUUCACUUUUGUCUGUCUUUUAGUAUAUUUUCUAACUCCUUCCAUUUUAUUAUUGUAUUGUUUAUUUUUUGGUUAUUUAGUUGCAUUAUUUUGUUAGUUGUACUUUUCUUGUAUCUUCUAGUCUACCUGGAACUAAACUUUAAUACAUAAUUUUUUUAAAAAACUUAAAUAUAUUUGGAAUCAACACAAAUUAUUAUUUUAAAUGAAAUAUAUUUACUUUUUUCUAAAAGAACCUCGAAAUAAA